AUGGCCCCCGCGACUGCGCAAGGCACGCGAGGCGCGCAAGUUACGCCCUCAAAUCUUCCCGGCCCCCUCUCCCAGGCCACCGCCCCAGUUCUGGAGUUUCGCUGUCUCUACACGCGCGAUGUCCGCAAGAAAGCAAAAAAGUGGCACGAUGGCUCCCUCCGCUACCACACGUUCAACAAACGCGUCAUGGUCUACGAUGACAACAAAUUCUACAUCGGUGACGCUCACUAUCGACAAGACGGCGAGGUGGGCGAAGGCACAGAGUUGUUGCUGGACAGCCAUGUCAUGGUUGAGGUUGGUGAGCCUAUUGGCCAGACCGAGACCGAUUUGAAUCAGGUUGUGCAUCAACGCCCGAGUCCACAGAGACCAGCAGUUCAGCGUCCUCCGGGUAUACCUAGAAUUGCUGCCUCUCAGAACAAGCUCAAAUCAAUAAAAGACGUCCUCGGUGCCAGUCAAUGCUCUGUCGGGCGCGUCCGUACGCCCUAUCAGUCGCCAUACGACAGGCGUCAGGUCGAACAGGCUGUCCACUCGGCAGAGCCGCCCGCGAAGCGUCAAAAAACUGCCCUGGGAAAGGAGAAUGUUCCACAGAGUGAGCUGGCGAAGCCACGUUCGCCGAAGGCUUCUGUCCCAGAACAACAACGAAGGCUGGUCUCGCCGAAGCCGUCGCGCCAGUUGCAACCACUCAAAUCUACCCAGAACCUAGUUGGACGUGUGGAAGAGGUUUGCGAUCUAUCAUCGGACGGUGAGCCAGUACAGCCCACCAGACCCAAGCCUGUUCUCCAGCGGUCACCGCAAGUACAGCAAGAAGCCAAGAAGCGCUUACGCAGUCCCGGUGCAGGACCAGACACGCGUCUUUCAUCCCCCAAGCCCAUGUCAGCUGUGCAGAAGCCGGCUGGAGGGUCUGGGAAGCCCAAAAAGCUGCUGAGCGAUCGACUCCACAGUUUGUCUGCGCCGCGCUCUCAUUCGGCUGCGUCCAACCAUUCUCUGCCAGCGUUGAACGUUUAUACAGCUCGGCUGGGGACGACCCAGCUCCAGUUUUCGAGGGAGAAGCCUCGACGUAAGCUGAUGUCGCGAGCCUUACUGCCGGGUUCGGCCGUGCAAGAUUCGGGAAUACGUAGACACCCCCCGCCAGAAUCCACGCGGCCGCCACGAUUAAGCUCACGCACAGAAUCCGGUCAGAAUCCUGACGAUGGGAAUUCCGGUGAAGGAGAGUCCUUUGAAUCCAGCAUCCAGCCCCAGCGACCUCCCGGCCCCACCAACACACAUAGGCAGCUCGAGGAGUCGCAAGCAGAUGUGAAUACUUGGUAUAGAAAUACGCGGGUGGAAAACCCGAACUCACCUAUACAGCGGAGGACCUCAAUCGAUGAGGCGGACAUCGCAUCAAGAAGUAGGCGAGGCUCUGGCAAUCAAAUAAUCGAUCUGACGUCCUCCCCUUUGUUUGUCCCACAGGAUGUCGACGCGCCAAUGCCGCCGCCUUCAGCAGAGCAGCGCAUAGAAUCAAGUCAGGAGUUCGAAGUUCGCAUGCUCGAAGGCACCAAGCCCCCGGGGGAUACCGCCGAUGAGCCCAUCGACCUGAGUCCCAAGCCACAGUCUCCGUCACUGGUGGGGUUUAGCACCAUCAACAUCUCGCCCAUCAAACACCAGCGUUCGCCAUCGCCAUACAGCAGUCGGUCGUCCUCGCCCGCAUUUACCGACGGACCUUCACGGAAGACAAUCCAAGAACGCAUGCCUCCGCCUCCGUUGCCGACAUUGCGCCCAACACCAGCACCAGCCCCCACGGAACUUGCACUUUAUCCCUCCCCAUCGCGAUCGCGCCCCUUCCGCCGGACUCUCUCCGCUAACGAUGCUCUGCAGGAGGACCUUGAGACCACCGUCUCUGCAUCGUCAUCGGACGAUGAAUUCGGUGGCCCCUCUGCGCUCCUCUCCGACUUCCCGCCCACCGCCGCCUUACUUCAACGUGACAGUCCAAGCGUCCGGCGCACGUCGCCCAGCAAGGCUCGUGUCCCCGCAAAUAUCCGCCGCACGCUGUCCGAACCCGUUCAGGUAGACUCCGCGGCCGCCACCACGCGGACCGUAUCGAUCAAGGAUGUGCGGGGCGUGAAUGUCGAGCCCAUAGCCGAGGAGCCGGGCGAGGAAACAACCGGCCCCUGGACAGUCGACGAAGCCUGGCUACUCUUCGACGUCGAUGCCUGGCCCGCUGCGAAGAAGUCGCUGCUGCCUGUCUGGGCAACGGCUGGAAAUGGCCACAAUGCUACUGCCCAGAUGCGGAUGGGAUUAAGCACGGGCGCGGGCGUCAGUGCGGCGGGCCUCGGCGGCUUUGGCAGUGCGAGGGGGGUGCUGGAGAGAGAGCGGACGGCGCAGGGCAUUGGCAGAUUGAGGGACGAGGUUGCGGGCGUGUACUGA